GCAAUGGAUUUCUGAACCAUACAUUUAUCUCAUACCUGCACCGCGAUGCAAAAAUGUCUGCUCGCCCGUAUUUCGGCUAGUAUUCCAUAAAGUUGCCGUCAACAAUUUUAGGGAAACUUGAUGUGCAAAUUAGUCGUCUGUUUUGUCCAAAGUUAGAAACACCUUGGGAUCGAGCGCCUUUGAUAAAUCAUCUAUCGAAUUGCAUAAAUUGUCAAUUAUGCGGAUGUGUUAAAAGGCGAUCAAAUAGCGCCCAGUGAUUUUCCGUGUACGCCAUUAAGUACAUUAUUGAAUGUUUGUAUGUGACAGUCGACAGCGAAACGCAGAACUGCAAUUGACAUUGUUAGCACUCGCAAUCUAACUACUAAUUAAUAUAUUGGAGGUGUUUACGUGUACAGGAGGAUUGAGUAGGAGCGACUCGGGUUCAACAAACAGCCAGGUUCCUGCGUGCGGUGCCAUGGGACAUUAGCUGCAGUGAUUGCUUCGCAGAUAUCCUUUGUGAUAUCUCCGCACAUCAUAAGCCAACCUAAAGCCGACAUUUUUAUAUGUAAACAAUGGAUGAAAAUACAGAGUACCAAGACGGCGAGGUGGUUUGGGUGAAGCUAGGAAAUUGUUGGUGGCCUGGUGAAGUAUGCAGUGAAAGUCGGUUGCCGAAGGGGAUACUGAGCGCAGUGAAAAAACGACCUCUGGUCAUUGUUCGAUUCUUCAAAGAGACCAAAUAUGAGUACGUAAAAAAUAUAAAAAAUAUUUGCAAAUACAACGACUCGAGGAAAAAUGAAUUUAUCAAGAAAGGACUGGAUCUCCUCAGGAGCAAUAAAAAAUAUAUGGAGAAGUUUCCUUCGGACGUAUCACAUGCCGAAAAGCUAACCAACGGAGAUGUGGACAUAAUUUCGCGCGAACAGUUUAGUCCAGUUAAAAAAGUUUCCUACUCCAAUAUAUUCGGUGAUAGUGCAACCAAAAAGAAGAAUAAUGGCAGUAAAAAAUCUCCUCGACAAGUUUCUGGUGGUAGGAAGACGAGAGUGUCCCCGAUCAUGCAGGAGGUUAAGCCAAAAGUAAAUCUUGUUAUCACGACUGUAUCGAAUAUAACACCGCGCCAAACAAGCGCACCAUCAGACGCAUAUAGUUGCAAAAUGUGCCCAUUCACGACAGCGCGUUGCAAUAUUAUGAUAAUGCACAUGAAAACACAUACAAAAAGUAGCACACCAAGUCAAGCUGAAGAGCGUAGUAUUCAGAGUCAGCGAGAAGCAGAGAAACCCACAAAAGAAGUUAAAGAAGUUUUACGGGUGUGUGUAUCCCGUCGAGAAUCUUCUGAUUCUGAAAGGCUCGACACUGACACGGAAAAUGAAGAGAGCGAGGAAGAGGAGGAAGUAGAAGAAAUAAUCCCUGUGGAACCUCCUAAAAAACGCAGGCAACCUAAGAAACCGGGCUUGAAACAUAUUAUUUUGGCCGACUGGAGUGAAGAUGACGAUGAAGAAGAAGAGACAAGUGUGGUUCAAAAACCACAAGAAGAUAUCAACGAUGCUAGUGGAUCUAGCACUGAAAUGAUCGAAAAUCAAUCUCCCAAUGUCUUGGAUAAUUCAAUUUCGCAGCCAGAUCAGGAGGUGCAGAAAGAAACAGAUAACAGUGCAACCCCAGAUAAAGUCCCUACUACGCCCAAAUACCGUAAUAUACCCAAAAAAGAUAGAAGGGACAUUAUUUUAAGUGAAUUCAAUACUCCAAACAUCCCCGUGAAUGAGGAAAACGAUAAAAUCCAAACAAAUUCCCCUUCAUUGGAGAGCGAUCAGCAGAUAUCAAACAAUGUUGAAACUCCUCCAGACGCAAAUACCGAAACUAGCAAGAAUAGUUUAGAAUCUCCCACCAGUGCAGUAGUGAAUACAAAAGAUGGUUUGGAAGGUGUCCUUUCAAAAGAGGAAGAUACACCGUUAAUUCGAAUAAAUACAGAAGUCGAAGUUGCCCCAUCGUCUGUGGAGAAACAAAAAUCGACGAAAACCAUUUCCUGCUUUGAUUUUAAGGAUGACGAGGAAGCCGAUGCUGACACCUUUUUCCCAACAUUGAGUAAGCUAAAAGAAAAAUAUCUGUCUCCAGAUAAAAGUAAAUCAGUUGAAGAUGAGAAUUCUACAUCUACGGAACAAGAACGGAAGGCAAUCGAGCAAAAAGAUGAACAGUUAGUGGCGGACAUCGAGAACCUUUUGAAUACUACUAUAACACCAGAGUUAUUAAAAGGUGAAACCGAGUCUAUUCCGCAUGACGUACGUGCGUUACCACCAAAAGAACGCGGUAAGCGUAUUUUCAAAUCUCGCAACCGACCUAGAUUUGACAAGGUAGAAACCGAGGUGACAACAGAUAUUCAAUCGAAUUUCACCGUAAGUCAGCAACCAUGUAAAGAAACCAACGAACUGAAUGUGAAUACACCAAAUGACAAAGCGUUACCUAGUCAAAUGGAAAUUUCAACCCCAUCUGAUAAAAUCGACAAGGCAGAUUCUGACGAGAAAGAAAAUACGAAUAUUUCACUUUCAAAUAAUGACUCAUUGACGACUGAGCCGUCGGGAAACAAUGAGCAGAAUAUUUUAACCCCGGCCAGAGAUGAUGAAUCGGAGUUGCUGAAACCUGAAGACCAUGAAGUUGUAUGCAUCGAAGAACCUCCACAAUCUGAAACUGUAGACGAAAAUAUGCACUUCGAUACACCUGCACAAAUGGACGAGCAGCGUGAUAAUAGAAGCUAUAAUGCAGAAGAGACGGAUGCUGUGUCGAUUAAAGAUGACGGAAAUUCCGUAGACCAAAUGAACGAGGCAAUAUUUGUAGAAGACAACGAGUCGAUCGAUUCGACAAUAGUGGAAGUUUCUGAGGGAAACUCAAACCUUCCAAUGACUGAUAAUGAACAUGAUUUAAUUGUGCUAGCAGCUGCAGAAACUUUGAUUUCUAUACCUUCUAAGCUAUGCGCAGAAAAUCGAUUGGAGGCAGCUAAUGUGCUCCAAUAUCAAACAGAAGAAAACUCAGAUAACAUUGCCCCGAUAAGUAACAUUGCUCCACAGGUGGCUCCGGAGGACGAUCACUCAAUUUUGAUUAGUGAAAAUACAUCGUUAACAAAUGCUAAUGUAGAGAAUUCGGAAAUAGAUGACUAUCUACCAUCUCAACAAGAAAUAACUGAUAAUGCGGAAAAGUCAGAAGUUGCAGAUAAUAUAGUGCCUCAGAAAGAGGAAAGCGAUAACGUGGUCGAUCUUGAAGCGGAAGAUAAAUCUCUGCAACAAGAGGAAGUAGCCGAUGUGCCACAGAUGACUGUAGAAGCACCAGUUGCAGUAGAAACGGAAAAUGAAAUAGUUGAAGAAGUUCCAAUUUCGGGACGAUCCAGAAGGUCGAAAAGCCAAAAAUCCCGUAAAGUCGCGAAGCGGGAGGUGUUGAAGGAUGAUAUAAAUGAUGUUAACGUGGACAAUGUUAUAUGUGAAGAUGCUCCCAUGAAAUCACCUGAAAGAAAGAUAGAAGAAAAGGUCGAAGUAGCGACUGAAGGAGAUAAUAUAACUGAGAUCAAUCAAAUCUCACGGAUUGGAAGGAAGUCAAGAAGAAAUAAAGGAAAAGACGACAAUGAUUACAACAAGAUUGAUACAAAAGAAACGUCAGAUACUGUUGUCGAAACUUGCAACGAGGAGAUAGAGUUGGGAACUAGUCGGCAAGAUUCCGUGCAAAGUAGUGAACCCUAUGAUGGUGCGGAUGAUCCUAUACCUAAAAUAAUUCCUCCAAGUCCAUCUUCAGGUAAAAAGAAACGCGAAAAUAAAGAAGUAGCAGACAAUACAGAAGAUUUCGACGAAGAACAUACCGUUUCAUCCCAUAGAAGGCAUGCAAAGCAAAAACGGAAAAAGAGCAAGAAACCGUCGAAACGUGAACACAUCGCCUCAGAAGCACCCACUUAUAAGGAAGACGUAGAUAUUGAACCGGCCACUGCAGAACCUACGAUCCAAAUCGAAAACGCAGAUAUGGAAGCUUUAGCAAGAGUUCCUUGUGACAUCAAUGAGACCGAUAACCAAAACGUCGAAGCGACCCAUACUGAUGCAUGUAACAAACCAGUAAAUGAGCCAGAAAUUGCUUGCCCGACCAUUGUCGAAAAGCAAAUUGAUUUGGAUUUCGAAAAACUUGAUCUAGACCAAUUACAGUCACAACCAGAACAACACGAAACCACUUUGAGCGCACUAACAGAAGAUAACUUUGCAAAGCCGCCCGAAGAGACUUCAGAAGCGCCAGAAGCUUCGGAGAUAUUACCAAAUGCGACAAGCUGCAAGGAAAAUGCACUGAACUUGGACUUGGGUUUAGCAGCUGAACCUGUUGCAGAUAUUUCGAACGAAAAGUUAGACGAAAAUGUGAAAAUAUCUCACAACCUAUCAACCCCGUCAGUAGAAGUAAACCAAUGUAAAAACAAUGAACUGCAGCUCGAGGCGAUCGAGGAUGAUACAAAAAGAGAAAUUACUAAAGAGCAAGAACCGAUAUUGAUUUCUGCAGAGUUGAAUGUAUCUCCUAACGUUACGGAAAAUAAUAUUCCCGAAAACUAUUCGGAGGGUGAGAACCACCAGGAAUCAGACUUCGAUGUAGAUAGCGAAAAACCUCCUAUGAAUGACUCGGGUCCUCCUCAAGAAGAGGUAAUCAAAGCAACUGACAAAAGUGAGACUGAAUAUAAUGAGGUGAUAGUUGAACAAAUUGAACAUAAUGAAGGUAUGGACAACAACGUCGUUAUUGAAAACAGCAUUCCCAUCUACGAAAUUAUUGACGAAAGCGUAGAGAGAGACGACGAAGGUAUCGAUGAGACGAAAGAUAUGACAGAAUCGCAUGAAGAAAAAGAAAUGAAUGCUGCUGAGCAGAUAUUAGAUGAAAUAUCGAAUCUAACCUCAAGCAUUGACAUCAUUCUAGAUGCAGAAAGAGCAGAAGAUGAGGUUGAACUUCGUUUCGAAGGAAUGGUUAAAUCGGCGGAAAUGGAAGAGACAAUUCAAAUGAAUCCUGAGACGGAAACUGAAAAUUCUAAAAAUAAUGAGACUGAUGUUAGGUGUAAUGUACCAAUCAGUGAAAAUACCGAAACGCCUGAAGUUGAGUUCCCCACAGAAAAAGAAAUGUUUGAUAGAAGUGAAGGACAAGUGUCUUAUGACGAUCACAAAGAAGAUGGUGACAAAAAUUAUGAUGAAAGUGAUCCUUUAGCACUAAAUCCCGAACCUGUAGACACAACUGAAGAGUUGGAAAACGGAAACAGUAGGAAACGCAAAAAUCAUUUGAAAUAUACGCCUCCAAAAGUGUUUGUCCAGAGUGAAUCGUCGUCUGCCCUGUCUCCGGAUUAUGAAAAGCAUGAAAUUUUACCGGUUGAAGAAAUAAAUGAGAACGUGGCACCACCAAGUAUGCAAGUGAAUGAUGCAGCUUCCGUCGAUAAUAUACGCAAUGAGUCGUUAGUUGUAGAAGUGAGAGUCCUGGAUCAAAGUGGAGAAAUUAUAACUAAUGAAAUGGAAUGCAGCAGAAGUCAAUGCAGCAGCGUUGCAAACGAUCCUAAAGAUAUUCCAGUUAUCACAACGUUAGGGAUAACAGAACAAGAUAAUACACUUUCGCAGAAAUCACCGACACCGCUAACUGUCAAUAUGCUCAGAUUUGACUGCGAGCCAACUAUCCAACCAAGUCAGCCAUUUAAGUCGAUCAGAGAAACGGGUAAGAUAGAAAAGGCAAGACAGAGUAAACCAAAAGAUGAAUAUAUUGGUGGGUCCAAUAGCUUCGAAACUUCUCCUGUUUCCGUAAUAUCUGCACCAGUUCCCGAAUCGAAGCCUUCGGGGAAACGACGACUUUCUAGACUUAAAGAUCAAAUACCCAAACCACAAGUGACGGCCACUAUCUCGGAGGAAAUUCAAGAGCGUUUCAAAGUUUAUAGUUUUGAUGAGCAAAGCGAUGGAAUUGAAGUUCCUAAGAAAUCUAAAUACUCAACUUCAAAGGAAAAUAAGAACGAUAGAAACACUUCUAGAGCAGACGGAAAAAGCCAUAAUACUUCAGAAGGAUCAAAGUCAUAUAGUAUGCCACCCGAAAAGCCAAAAUAUAGCAGAUCAAGGCAAGUAAACUUGCAAAACGUGUCAGAUGUGUGUAUUCCUAAAUUUCCUAAAAUCGAUAGAUCAAAGAGGACAAUUUCACACCCAGAAUCAAAUGUGCUCACAAGAAAUGAAAUCGAAGUGAAGGAGACAAAGACGUUAAAUGACAAUUACCUACUGCCCUAUGGUAACACCACUAUGGAAAAUACUAGCUCUUCGAAUGUUCACCUUACAACACCGACCUCAACUAAAUUGGGCAGACGUGAAUCGCCGUCUAACUUAAAUUCUUCUGUAAUUGAAAUGGAUAGCCCACUCGCAGUAAGAGAUGCCCAUACAACAACACGUAGCUUAAGCGCUUUUAGAUUAUCGCAACCUCAAGUGAAUGUCGUAAUUGACUCUGAGCCUAUAUCAAAUUACGGCGAAAUUCGAUCAAAUACUUCUUCAACGCCUGUUUUCCCGACAAACACUACAUCUACUAGCAAAAAGAAAAGUACAAGACCAUCUCAAAGUAAAAGAAGCAAACAACAACAGCCACAACAAGUGCAGAUUCAGUCGCAGUUUCUUCCGCAUAAUUUCUAUGAUCCCUUUUCCGCACAACAAUCUUUUGAAAUGAAUGUGCAGCCAACCGGAGUUAUGACUAAAGAAGGGAAAAGCCCACCCAAAGAAAAGAGUUCUCGGAAACAAAUCUCGAAUAGUUUAGAAGAACCAACUCCGUCAUUCACGUUGAAUCAAGGGUCGCCUAUGGAAAGUCGAGGGCACGUUAUCAGUUCACAAACGAUAGUGAUGACUGGUCCGCCCCUUACUCCGGCGAAGGGCCCUGUGAUAAAAACAUGUGCAGGUGACCCACUGUUUAUAACAAGUAAAGGCAACCUUAUUGCAAGUAACUCGAGUACAACAACAUAUUCGACCGCAUAUCUAGAUAGUCAGCAACAUCAACAACGAGAGCCAGAACUGAUUCAUAGCGUAGCGCCGUUCACAUCACAAACCUCAAGUCAAGUCACAUACUCUGCUUCCUCGCCGAAAAUAGCAAUGGUGGAGAGUCGAACACAGGGUACGCAAGUGCAGAGCAGGCGUACUUCUAACACUGCUGAUAUAUCUAGAGAUAAGUCAUCCUGCAACUUGGCUGAAAUUAAACGUCUUGAACAGAAACCAACCGGGAAAGUACUCACGGCUCAUGGUUUCAAUGAACUCGCACCGGUUGAGGGAGGCGUGAUGCACGGGAAAAUGUCAGUACGCGAGAGUGGUUCAGUAGACUUGCCGAUUUUAGUACCAAUCGGUGAGCCGCAUGCUCCCGCACAAAGAAUGACAACGAAAAGAUCUUCACACGGCACUAAAGACGUGGCAAGUGGGCCAUCGAGAAGCUCAAAACAAAUGAGAAAUAAUCAUGGAAAUGGAGUUUCGCAGCAAAAUUUACUUUCUGGGACCGCGACAUUUGAAGACAGUGGUGCACACCUAAUACGGGAUCAUUCAAAGCAAGGACUUACUGAAAAUGUGGAAGCAAUGUUCAAUCAACAGUCCACGCAAAUCCAAACGACCGUAUCACCGCCACAACAAAAGCAUCAUACGCCUCAACAACAACAGCUUCACCAUAAUCAGCGACAAACACAUCAGCCGCAGCAUUAUCAACUAAUGACACAAAAUCAAGUAGUUGAUCAUCAAGGUCAACUUCACAUACAAGAUCAGCAACAUCAAUUGAACAAUCAGCAAGCGCACCAAAUGAAACUCUACCACCAUCAGCAGCAAAUGCAAACCGAGCAGCAGCAACCGCCUAUGAGACAAACACAGGCAAAACGCAGAAAGGCAGAUCAUGAUCAUAUGAGUGCAACGCAACAGAAAAAGAUGCAGCAACAAUAUAAACUGCAACAUGAUCAACAGCAGCAAAUUAAACUGCAGCAAUCACAUCAUAUACUGCAGCAGCAACAAGCAGAACAGGAGCAGCAAAUGCAAUUGAAUCAGCAACUGCAGCAUGAACAACAAAUGACGCAAGAGCAUCAGUUGCAGCUACAGUUGCAACAAGAACUGCAAUUACAGCAGGAACAGCAGCUUCAACUGGAACAUUUGCAUCCGCAAGAGGUGGUGUUGCAGCACGACCCGCAAGAAAUUGUAAUUCAGCAUGCCGAUGAUGGGGAAAAUAUCAUGGGCGAUCAGCUGCUGGUACAAGAAGGAACGAAUACGUUCUAUGUUGACCUUAAGAAUAUCGUUACUGUAAUUGGUAGUCCGGAGGGAGAAAUAGCCGCUGUACAAUUGUCAAACGGAGAAACCUUGUUCGUAGCACAGUCUAUUGAUGGGAGCGAUGGUCGCGCAGAACUUUCUGAUCAAACGAUUCAAAUAGACGGACAGCAUCUGCUGCUGACAGACGCUACAGCACUGGAAGAAGGCAUCGAAGUACCAAGCCAAGAGAUACUUGUUCAAUCGCUUGAUCGAGAAGUUUAUCAAGAAGGGCAACUCAUCGGAAAUGUAUUGCAAAUUGAGACUUCGGAAGGCAUUAAGCUUGUAGAGCACCCUAUCGAGUACCAAUUAAUAAAUAACGCCAAAACGGCAGCAACCAAUGAAACUAAUGCCAUCAUGCCACCUAUUAUGUCAGCUCUGGAGAUUCCAUCAUCGAAGGGCGAACUUGUGAUAAAUAGUAAAUCCAAUGAAACAGGUUUGAUUGGACAAAAUCUCGACGACAGUUUAGCCGUUAUAGGUGUAACGACGCAAUCGUCGGCAGCACGGUCAUCUCUUGAACUUCCGAUCACAAUCACGAAUCCAGCUAUCGCGCCAAAGACUUCAAACUCCAUCAAUAUUAACAAUUUGUAUGGGACCGGUCUGCAGCAACAAAGUCAAAUAUCUCCAACAUUGUCGUCACAAGACCCGGGUCAAUUGACCUAUGAACUUUUUACUUCAACAAACGUGAUUACGCCCUCACAACAUAACCAACAUGCCAACAUAUUCAGUGAUGGUGGUAACUACAAAGGUAAUGAAAGUCGGACCCCUCAAAUAUCAACUGGACUGGAAAACCAAUGCCUAAAUGAGAUUAUCCUGCACUCGGGAUCAGGAGCCACGAGUCGAACUGGCGGCAUUAUACAGCAGUCGAACGAUUACAUUAUCAGUAGUGAGCAGGUAUGUGAUCAAUUUACUGUGGUGGAGAACCAACCAGCGAGCGAAUCUAAUGCGGUUUACAGCAAUCCAACCAGAUAAUAUUCAAUCAAUUACUAUUGACUUAAAUUUAAGUGAUUACUCUAACGUCUUAAUUUCACUCCCUUAAACUUACUAGACUAUGUUUAAGUUCAAUGUUCACUUCAUACAGUUUGAUUUGCUUCUUGCACAUUACUACUGUUAGGAACGAAAACGUAAACUAAGUAAAACGAAGCAGAAAAGGUUCGAUUAUAUCAUCUAACCAGAAUACACGUGUAUGUAUUGCCCUUAUAUAUCCAACCCUUAUCGAUGGAGUUAUUCCUCUUAUUUAUCAUUUCCUUGAACCCAAACAUUUCUCUACUUGCUGUCACUGGAAUUGCGUAAGCACGUUAGGAGCAAUCAAAAUGUCCACCGAUUGUCGGUGUAAAACGAGAAUUAAAAGCGUCCUCUUUGUAACACAAUAUCCGUUGCAAGUUUUCCGAAGUCUCUCUCGUCAGAAAGUGUGAUUGACCGUCAUAUUGAGAGUUGUACAGAGUGUAACCCUGUGCACAAGUGGCUUCAAUAAAGCAGAUGUUGUCUCCACGAACGUUCAAAACUCAAUUGCUUUGCGAGACUGUCGCAAGUGGAAUAGGGAAACAUGGAUGAAAAUCUGGAUGCUGGUUAUCGCAACAAUUUGAAUUAUAUAAAAGUGUUAAAAAUAGCAUUCGAUGUACAGUUCAAAAGCACUUGCGUAUUUAUACUAUAAGUAAAUAUAGGAGAAAUGUAACUUCAAAAGUUGAAUCAUUCGCUUGUCAAAGGUAAAGCAAAAUUUCAUUAUUUUUCAUUUGAACAGCAUAUUUUAUUUGGACGUUGUUAUUUACAAAAGUAAGCAUUAUUUUCUAUUCGUCAGCUAUGUUAUCGCUUGUUUUCCCGAAAGAAAUGUUCUAUAGCUCGUAGUUUGGUAAUGUAUUUUAUAUAAUAAUAUGGAAACGUGGAUUACAUUACUCUUUAACAUAUUAUAUUUUUAAAACUUAUGAAAGUAUAUAUUUAAUAGGUAAUUAAAUAUAGAAAUAUGAUGUAAACUGAGUCUUUCUUUCUCU